UUCGGGCUGAGGUUUUCGGGAAGGCGGCGGGAAGAUGGCUUCCCCCAGAGAGCGGCUUGAAGCCGUGGAGACGGAGGAGAGCGCCGGUCGCGGGGGAUGCUCGGGAGUGGAGGUGGUGUUUUCCUCUGAUCCUGCCGUCCCCGCGCCCCUGUGCCCUCACGGACCCACUCUUCUGUUUGUAAAGGUGAAUCAAGGGAAAGAAGAAACCCGGAGGUUUUAUGCCUGCUCCGCCUGUAGGGAUAGAAAAGAUUGUAAUUUUUUUCAAUGGGAAGAUGAAAAGUUGUCAGAAGCGAGACUUGCUGCCCGAGAAGCUCAUAACCGAAGAUGUCAACCUCCCCUAUCUCGAAGGCAGUGUGUAGAAAGGUACUUGAAGUUCAUCGAGUUGCCCAUGUCUAAGAGGAAGUUUUGCCAAAGAUGUCAGCAGUUGCUAUUACCUGAUGAAUGGGAGAGGCACCGUGAGCAUCAGGUCAUGGGUGAUAUUUCUGUCGCCCAGUUACGAAGGCCCAGUCAACUCCUUUAUCCGCUAGAGAACAAGAAGGCAAAUGCCCAGUACCUGUUUGCUGAUAGGAGCUGUCAGUUCUUGGUAGACCUGCUUUCUGCCCUGGGAUUCCGAAGAGUGUUAUGUGUUGGAACACCAAGGUUGCAUGAGCUGAUCAGGUUGAUGCCGUCAGGUGACAGGAACUCCAACAUUAAAAGCCUUUUACUGGAUAUUGAUUUUCGGUAUUCACAGUUUUAUAUGGAGGAUAGCUUUUGCCAUUAUAAUAUGUUUAACCAUCAUUUCUUUGAUGGAAAGGCUGCCCUUGAAGUAUGCAGAGCAUUUUUACAGGAAGAUGAAGGCGAAGGAGUCAUUAUGGUGACAGAUCCUCCUUUUGGUGGCUUGGUUGAACCUCUGGCUGUUACAUUCAAGAAGUUAAUUGCUAUGUGGAAAGAAGGUCAAAGCCAAAGUAACAGUCACAAAGAACUACCCAUUUUCUGGAUUUUCCCCUAUUUUUUUGAAUCCCGAAUUUGUCAGUUUUUUCCAAGCUUCUGCAUGCUGGAUUACCAGGUAGAUUAUGAUAAUCACGCACUUUACAAACAUGGAAAGACAGGUCGAAAACAGUCUCCUGUGCGUAUUUUCACUAACAUUCCACCCCACAAAAUCAUCCUUCCUACCGAGGAAGGGUACAGAUUUUGUCCUGUCUGUCAACGAUAUGUUUCUCUAGAGAAUCAGCACUGUGAGCACUGUAAUUCUUGUACAUCCAAGGAUGGCAGGAAAUGGAGCCAUUGCUUUCUCUGCAAAAAGUGUGUAAAGCCUUCCUGGAGCCACUGUAGCGUUUGCAAUAACUGUGCCCUUCCAGGUCAUACUUGCAAGGACCCCAAAGACGGCUGCUUUAUCUGUGGAGAACUGGAUCACAAACGCAGUGCUUGUCCUAACAGAGCUGUCAGAAAGCAGAAGCAAAGAAAAAGGACUAAGAUGAAAAUGGAGCCCACUAAAGGACAACCCAUGAAUCACACAUCUGUUAGAAGGAAAAAGAACAGGAGAGAAAGAGCCCAUCAAUAUCUCUGCUCUUAAAUGUCCCCUGACUUGAGAAUAAGAAAGAUUUAUAGUCCAACCUUUGAUGCCAUUUUCUGAACGUGCCACGCUAGACUUCAAUUCAGCUGCCGUCAGAGGUGUGCACCUUUCUAAGCUGGAUAAUAGGCGGGUGGCCCUUGCUGGUUUAUGGUCCCCUCGUCUUCCCCUCUGAAGACCUGGGGAGCUAUUCCAUCCUUGGCUGGUUUGCUAACUCCCCCUGCAUGCAUUUUUCUUCUCUUUAAGUCUCUUCUAAUCAUAUUAUUUUAGCUUCUGUUAUCUCAAAAAUGGGCACACAGUGUUCUUUU